AUGAGUCAUUCAUUUAUUAGUAUAAAUGAUCUUCCGGAUGAAAUGAUCUUAAUGAUUUGGAAUAAGCUUAAUAAUAUUGAUGUACUUUAUUCAUUUGUGGGUGUAAAUCAAAGAUUGAAUAGAUUAGUACGAGAUCCAAUAUAUACUCGUUCUAUUCAAUUAACAAAAACAAACAAAUAUUGUUCAUUACCUGAUUCAAUAAUCGAUCGAUAUUGUUUAGAUAUUUUACCUGAAAUUCAUCAAUAUAUAGAAUGUUUGAUUCUUGAACCGUCGUCUAUGGAACGCAUUCUUCUUUCAAGUGAUUAUCCUCGCUUAUAUAAGCUUACUUUUACGAAAAUUCAUGAAGAUUUUGUAUUACGUCAUUUUACUGAUGAAUCGCCAUUAAUCAAUAUGUUUAAAUACAACAUUAAACAUCUUAUUUUGACAAUUGAUAAACAAGGAUUUACAUCAUUAUCCUGUAUUGAUUUAGGGAAAAAUUUGCUUACACGAAUCUUCAAUAUAUUUUUAAAUUUAAUCGAUCUUGAUUUUAAUCAAAAUAGUAUUGAAAGUCGUACAUUAAUAUCCAUUUAUGGAUUAUCUUCAAUGACUUGUUAUUCAUCAAAUUUAGUCAAUUUAAGCAUUACUGUAGAUACAUUUGAUGAUUGUUUAUGUCUACUAGAUGGUCGUCUUCAUCAACUAUAUAAAUUAUGUAUUUUAAUUAAAAAAAUUGAGAAUUCUAUAUUGACCACAGAAAAUUUGAAAACAUUAUCAAAUAUGAAAUAUUUUUCAUUAAGUUCAUAUCGACAAACAAAAGAAUACGAUAGUCAUAUAUUGCCAUUGAUUCAUCAAAUGAGAUAUCUCGAAAAACUGAUAUUAUCUCUCAAUGUUUAUCAACGAUCAACAUUUAUCGAUGGUAUUCAUCUUGAAAAUGAAAUGCUUAUUUAUUUACCACAACUUCAAAUAUUUGAAUUCAAUAUAGUCACAUAUAAUGAAUAUAUGAGUAACGAAAUCUACAUGCAAUCAAACAAUGAUCUUCGUCGUACAUUUCUCAAUUGGCGAUAUGGUCAUGUUGAUUGUUAUAUAAGUUCUUAUCCAAAUAAUGAGGCUAGAUCUCAUAUAUUUUCACUUCCAUGUAAUAAAACUGAUAUGUAUAUUAUCAGCUAUGGAUUUUUAGGAGGUUUUUACACAAAUGUUCGAAUUUUAUUUCUGAUAGAUAGAGUUUAUCCAUUUACACAUGAAUUUUUUCAUCGCAUUGCUCGUGCAUUUCCACUUAUUACUGAGCUUACCGUUUUAAAUAAUAGAGAUUUCAAUAACACAGACGAAAAUAAUAAUCAAAUGAAACCAAUCAUUGAAUUUCAUCAUCUUACUUCUUUGACAAUUCAUUUUGAACGUGCUAUCUACGUAGAACAAUUUUUGGUUGAUAGUAACACAUAUUUACCAAAUCUCAUUAAUCUUGCUGUCUCCUAUGAUAAUUUAGUUACUGUAACAAACAAUUUUACACGUCAUUCAACUCGUCAUAAUUGUACCAAAGUACGAAUUUUAGAAUUUACUACAUCUCCAAUUACAGUACAUCCAAAGGAAUUUUAUUUACAUUUUCCUUGUUUAGAAUUAAUGUGUUGA